AUGCCCGCCCCCCGGGUGAAUGGAUCGGACGCCACCCCCACCACCUCCUCCGAGCCCGAGCCGGCGGCGGAGUGGAGCACGGUGUCCCAGGGGCACUCUCCCUUUGCCAUCGUGCAGGGGCCAGAGGCGCCGCUCACCCCCGCCGGGCUCCUUAUGGUGGUCUGCGAGCCUCCGCUCUACCCCCUGCCCGACGGGGAACACCGCAUCCAGCUCACCGACGGCGCCACCUACUUUGGGGAGGUGCAGGCCGGCCAGCUGGAGGGCCGGGGCUUGGUCAUGAUGGCCGAUGGCUCGCGCUAUGAGGGCACCCUCAGCGGCGGCAAGGCGCACGGCGCAGGCGUGUAUGUGGCGGCGGGGGGCGGCGCCUACUUUGGCAACUGGAUGGCCGGGCACCUGCAUGGGGAGGUGGUGCACACGCUGGCAAAGGGCAAGUCCGCCGUGAGCAUGCGUGUGUACGACAACGGCAAGCUGGAGAAGGAGGAGAUCCUGGAGGUGGCGGGUCCCUCACACAAGACCAAGGCCAGCCGGAAAGAGAGGAAAAAGGCCAAGGAAACGUAUCGCUCGCCACGUCCUGGAGAGGCGGUGUAUCGAGGCCACCGGAGUUUUGACCUUGUGCAGCAGCUGCAGCUUGGGCUCACGUACAGCAUAGCCCAGAGCAGAUCGCAGGAGGCAUUCCAGCAACUGCUCCAUCCACAGAAGGAUUCCGGGAAUGGGGACGCGGCCUUGAACGGCGAGGAGGUGAAGAAGGCUGCCAUUCCGGCCACGGGCAGUGUACCCGGUUUUGUCUGGAAGGACUACUUGCCCUCGCUCUUCCAGGCACUCAGAGAAGCAUUCGGCAUUGAUAACGGCGACUACCUGCUCUCCCUCACCGGCGGCGAGGCACUGCGACUGCUGCCAUCGCCAGGAAAGAGCGGCAGCAUCUUCCUCAUAUCGGGCGACGACCGGUUUGUUGCCAAGACGGUGCGCAAGGAGGAGAUGAAGCUCAUCCUCCGCUUCAUCCCCAUGUACUACAAGCAUGUUAAGGCCGAGCGUAAGACUCUGCUGGUCCGCUUCUUUGGCGUGCACCGUGUAUCGCCGCUGCUGGGCAGGAGGGUGCGCUUCCUGAUCAUGCAGAACGCGCUGCCCACACACCUGCGCCUGCACCGGCGGUACGACCUCAAAGGGUCGCGAUACGGCCGCACCGCAGGGGCAGAGCGCGAGACCAAGCCCUUUGUGACGCUGAAGGAUUUGGACCUGGACGUGCGGUUCGUGCUACCGGUGCGCACACACACGGCGGUCAUGCGGCAGCUGGACGCCGACUGCGCGCUGCUGGAGCGCCUGAACGUGAUGGACUACUCCUUGCUCCUGGGCGUGCACUUUGUGCGCUGGGGCAACGAGCGCUGGUCGCCGCCCUUUGGCGACUGGGGUGCGGCGGAGGCCGAACCCCCUGCCCCGGACGGGCACACCUGGGGCCGCGGCUGCGACGCGCGGUCCCUGGCCGCCAUCCUGCGCUCUGCGGAGGAGGAGAGCGGGCUGGGCGAGGCAGUGCGCAGCGCGGCCAGCAUGCUGACGCGCGUGGGGCGCACCAGCGUCGCCGCCUGGGAGUCGGCGGGGCUGUCGAAGCAGGGCCAGGGACCCUCGCGCCCGCCGCUGCCGGGCGUGGCGCAGCGCGCGCUGUCGCGUCAGCUGUCGCGCGUGGAGGCCGCCGCCAUCCCGCUGCAGGACGCCACCUUUGCGCGCUCCGCCUCCCUGCUCACGCGGAUGCAGUCGCUGGCGGCGCCCGGCACCGGCCCCGGCCCCGGCCCUGUCGCGGCGCCGGCGGCGCUGGACGCGAUGGGCAGCGCCGGCACCGCCGUGCCGGCGCUGGCGGUGCAGACGGAGGGCGAGGGGGCGGCGGGGGCCACGCCGCAGCCCGUGCUCCUCUACUUUGCCAUCAUUGACUUCCUGCAGGACUACAACCUGAGGAAGCGGGUGGAGCGGGCGGUGAAGGCCCGCUUCCACCCCGCCGCCGACAUCUCCGUGGCCAGCGCGGAGGUCUACGCCGCGCGUUUCAAGGCCAUGGUGCGGGACCUCUUCGUCCCCGGCCCGGACAUCAAGGACUGA